GUGUCUGGGAUGUCAACAGAGACCGACUUACUUCGGUCGAAUUAAAAUUCAAUCAAUGAGGAAUGUGAAGUAACUUUGAUAGGAUCCCACAUAUUUUGGUAUUGACUGCUAAUUUUGUAUAUUAUCAUUCUCACGCAUUUUGGUAGUGACUGCUAAUUUUGUAUAUCAUCAUUCUCACGCAUUUUGGUAGUGACUGCUAAUUUUGUAUAUAUGGUAUAUAAUCAUUCCCACGCAUUUUGUUACUGACUGUCAACCUUGCACAUAUGGUGUAUUAUUAUCUCUCACGCACUUUGUUAUUGGCUAUUAAGAUAAAUUAUUUCAAAUGCUGUUAGCUGUCCAUAUUGUUGUAAAAUGUAUAAAUACCAUGGCUUUCUUUAUCGUUGUUGCACUUCAAUACACAGUCACAGUCCAGCCUUUGUCUUUUGAUAUUUGCGUGCUUUACCAAGUCGGAAGGGACGACAAGGAGAUAGACAGAUUAGUUUCAGGCGCAGACAGAAUAAGGUGAAAACGUCAUCAUUGAAUUCCCUACCGUUAUAACAAUUGGCGACGGGGUUUUACUUUAAUUCAGAGCAAGAUUUAACAAUUGGCGACGUGGAUUUACUUUAAUUCAUCGCAGUUAUAGCACGCAACGACGACAGUUUUUAUUCUGUUCAGCGCAACUAUAUAACAUAUAAGUUCAGGCGCAGACAGAGCAAGAUAUAACAAUUGGCGACGUGGAUUUACUUAAUUCAUCGCAGUUAUAGCAAGCAAACGACGACAGUUUUUAGUCUGUUCAGCGCAACUAUAUAACAUUUUUGACUGUGUUAAUUACAACCCAAUUACAAUGUCUAUCUCUCUGGACGAUCUCAAAUCUAUCUUGCAGCAGCAGCAAGUUCAGAAUGAAGCAGCUCAACUAAAAUUAAUCGAAGCUCUCACUCAGAAGCUGUCCAUUCAAGUUCCAUCAACAUCUCAUUCUGACAAAUAUGAAAGCAUCUCAAAUUCUAUCAGUGAGUUCAACUACGACCCAAUAUCUGGUCUCGUAUUUGAUGCAUGGUUCAAUCGUUACGAAGAUGUUUUCCGUAUUGAAUGCCACAUGUUUGAUGAUGCUGCCAAAGUCCGAUUGUUACUAAGAAAACUUGGUACUGUUGAGCACAACAGAUAUGUUAAUUUCAUUCUGCCCAAGAACCCACGUGAGUUAUCAUUCGAUGAGACAGUCACCGUUUUAUCACAAAUCUUUGGUGAACAGUCAUCCAUGUUUAAUAUUCGGUAUCAAUGUUUUCAGUUGACAAAAAUUCCUUCCGAUGAUUAUGUGACUUACGCUGGCAAAGUGAACAAGGAAUGUGAAAGGUUCAAACCACACGAAAUGACAUCAGAUCAGUUCAAGUGUUUGAUUUUUAUUUGUGGGUUGAAGAACCCAGAAGAUACUGACAUACGAACUCGACUUCUGUCACUUGUGGAACAAGACCCGAAAAUGACUUUACAAAUGGUGACAGCAGAAUGCCUACGUUUGAUCAACUUGAAGCACGAUACUGCCAUGGUGGAGUGCAAACGACAGUCGUCUGAUUUUGGUUCGAUUAACACAGUGAAAAGUCCUCCGAUCACCGUUAAGCACACAGCACGUCAGUCUCAGAAUUCAGCCAAACCUCUUUCAGCGUGCUGGCACUGUGGUUCGUGGCAUUUUGUCAAGUUCUGUCCUUUCAAGAAACAUAAAUGCCGUAAUUGUCACCGUUUUGGACAUAAGGAGGGUUACUGUACCCCGCAGAAAAAUUCUUCGGUGAGGAACAGAAGUAGUCGUUUCAAGCCGAAACAAUCUCCUCGAGUACAGACCGUUUUCACAACUUCCAAAGUCGAUUUCGCCAGCAAACGUAAGUACAUAACACUAGAUAUUAACGGCAAACGUAUUCGUCUUCAGUUGGAUACGGCAUCAGAUAUCACCGUAAUUUCCCGAACUACGUGGCGCAAACUUGGUUGCCCACAGAUUCUGCCGACCGAGCAUUUCGCCAAGAAUGUCUCUGGAGAUAAACUGAAACUCGUGGGUGAGAUCAAUUGCCAGGUUCAGUUUGGUGAGCAUCACUUCAAUGGUGUAUGUUACGUUACAAACUACCAUGAUUUGGAUUUGCUUGGUCUUGACUGGUUAGACAAGCUCCAUAUCUUUAAUGUACCAUUAAAUUCAGUAUGCUCUAAUGUUUCGUCUUCACCACACAACGUUGUUCCCGGAGAUGUAUCUGAUCAAUCUCUCUUGCAACGCCGUCGUCAAAAGCACGCUUCUGUCUUUCAGGACAAACUUGGUUGCUGCAAACUGUUUGGCAUCCAGCAUAUUCGUAGCCCCCCGUAUCAUCCCCACUCGAAUGGACAGACUGAACGUUUCGUCGACACCUUUAAGCGUGCUUAUGCAAAAGCGAAGGGGGAGGGAACAACAGAAGAAAUUUUGGAUAGAUUCUUGCUGCAUUAUCGUACGACGCCAAAUCCUUCCGCCCCAAAUCAGUUAUCCCCAGCGGAAAUUAUAUUUGGCCGAAAGAUCAGAACUGCCCUCGACUCAAUUAAGCCUAGGCAAGUAAAGCAGGGCUGCAGAAAUACAAAAAUGGAAAACCAAUUCAAUCGCCAUCACGGAGCUAAACGUCGAGUUUUCAAAUUGUAUCAGCAAGUUUAUGUACGAGAUUUUCGCUAUUCACCUCCGAGAUGGAUUCGAGGACAAAUAGUGGGGCAGAAAGGAAGGGUUUUAUACAAAGUGAAUGUAGAAGGACAGUUAUGUGUCAGACACACGAAUCAUAUACGAGAUGCGUCAGAUAGACUUGACAAUGGGAGGCGAGACCUCACGUUAGAAGUAUUAGUAGAUACAUUUAAUCUUCCGCAGCCGGAAGCCCGGGACACAGAUCACACUCUAUCCAGUACCACGCGAAGGUCAACUCGACAAAGAAGAGCUCCGAAACCUUUUCAAAUAGAUCCAAAAAGCAAGUCCUACGCUCUUUACGGGGGGAGGUGAUAGGAUCCCACAUAUUUUGGUAUUGACUGCUAAUUUUGUAUAUUAUCAUUCUCACGCAUUUUGGUAGUGACUGCUAAUUUUGUAUAUCAUCAUUCUCACGCAUUUUGGUAGUGACUGCUAAUUUUGUAUAUAUGGUAUAUAAUCAUUCCCACGCAUUUUGUUACUGACUGUCAACCUUGCACAUAUGGUGUAUUAUUAUCUCUCACGCACUUUGUUAUUGGCUAUUAAGAUAAAUUAUUUCAAAUGCUGUUAGCUGUCCAUAUUGUUGUAAAAUGUAUAAAUACCAUGGCUUUCUUUAUCGUUGUUGCACUUCAAUACACAGUCACAGUCCAGCCUUUGUCUUUUGAUAUUUGCGUGCUUUACCAAGUCGGAAGGGACGACAAGGAGAUAGACAGAUUAGUUCAGGCGCAGACAGAAUAAGGUGAAAACGUCAUCAUUGAAUUCCCUACCGUUAUAACAAUUGGCGACGGGGUUUUACUUUAAUUCAGAGCAAGAUUUAACAAUUGGCGACGUGGAUUUACUUUAAUUCAUCGCAGUUAUAGCACGCAACGACGACAGUUUUUAUUCUGUUCAGCGCAACUAUAUAACAUAUAAGUUCAGGCGCAGACAGAGCAAGAUAUAACAAUUGGCGACGUGGAUUUACUUAAUUCAUCGCAGUUAUAGCAAGCAAACGACGACAGUUUUUAGUCUGUUCAGCGCAACUAUAUAACAUUUUUGACUGUGUUAAUUACAACCCAAUUACAAUGUCUAUCUCUCUGGACGAUCUCAAAUCUAUCUUGCAGCAGCAGCAAGUUCAGAAUGAAGCAGCUCAACUAAAAUUAAUCGAAGCUCUCACUCAGAAGCUGUCCAUUCAAGUUCCAUCAACAUCUCAUUCUGACAAAUAUGAAAGCAUCUCAAAUUCUAUCAGUGAGUUCAACUACGACCCAAUAUCUGGUCUCGUAUUUGAUGCAUGGUUCAAUCGUUACGAAGAUGUUUUCCGUAUUGAAUGCCACAUGUUUGAUGAUGCUGCCAAAGUCCGAUUGUUACUAAGAAAACUUGGUACUGUUGAGCACAACAGAUAUGUUAAUUUCAUUCUGCCCAAGAACCCACGUGAGUUAUCAUUCGAUGAGACAGUCACCGUUUUAUCACAAAUCUUUGGUGAACAGUCAUCCAUGUUUAAUAUUCGGUAUCAAUGUUUUCAGUUGACAAAAAUUCCUUCCGAUGAUUAUGUGACUUACGCUGGCAAAGUGAACAAGGAAUGUGAAAGGUUCAAACCACACGAAAUGACAUCAGAUCAGUUCAAGUGUUUGAUUUUUAUUUGUGGGUUGAAGAACCCAGAAGAUACUGACAUACGAACUCGACUUCUGUCACUUGUGGAACAAGACCCGAAAAUGACUUUACAAAUGGUGACAGCAGAAUGCCUACGUUUGAUCAACUUGAAGCACGAUACUGCCAUGGUGGAGUGCAAACGACAGUCGUCUGAUUUUGGUUCGAUUAACACAGUGAAAAGUCCUCCGAUCACCGUUAAGCACACAGCACGUCAGUCUCAGAAUUCAGCCAAACCUCUUUCAGCGUGCUGGCACUGUGGUUCGUGGCAUUUUGUCAAGUUCUGUCCUUUCAAGAAACAUAAAUGCCGUAAUUGUCACCGUUUUGGACAUAAGGAGGGUUACUGUACCCCGCAGAAAAAUUCUUCGGUGAGGAACAGAAGUAGUCGUUUCAAGCCGAAACAAUCUCCUCGAGUACAGACCGUUUUCACAACUUCCAAAGUCGAUUUCGCCAGCAAACGUAAGUACAUAACACUAGAUAUUAACGGCAAACGUAUUCGUCUUCAGUUGGAUACGGCAUCAGAUAUCACCGUAAUUUCCCGAACUACGUGGCGCAAACUUGGUUGCCCACAGAUUCUGCCGACCGAGCAUUUCGCCAAGAAUGUCUCUGGAGAUAAACUGAAACUCGUGGGUGAGAUCAAUUGCCAGGUUCAGUUUGGUGAGCAUCACUUCAAUGGUGUAUGUUACGUUACAAACUACCAUGAUUUGGAUUUGCUUGGUCUUGACUGGUUAGACAAGCUCCAUAUCUUUAAUGUACCAUUAAAUUCAGUAUGCUCUAAUGUUUCGUCUUCACCACACAACGUUGUUCCCGGAGAUGUAUCUGAUCAAUCUCUCUUGCAACGCCGUCGUCAAAAGCACGCUUCUGUCUUUCAGGACAAACUUGGUUGCUGCAAACUGUUUGGCAUCCAGCAUAUUCGUAGCCCCCCGUAUCAUCCCCACUCGAAUGGACAGACUGAACGUUUCGUCGACACCUUUAAGCGUGCUUAUGCAAAAGCGAAGGGGGAGGGAACAACAGAAGAAAUUUUGGAUAGAUUCUUGCUGCAUUAUCGUAC